AUGGACAUUCAAACCUUGGAGGCCUACGGAGUACAAGUCCGUAAGCCGCCGACGAUGACGGUGAGUGGAAAGACGGAGUUGGAAAAGAAGAAAACAAAACGGUGGGGGGAUUUGAAGAUGGAGGUGAUGGAAUAUGCGAGCAAUGCGAGCAUUGCGAGGAAUCUGGUGGAGACAUUGAUGGCACCUGCUGAGUUGGGUGAGGCUACGAGUCAUAUGACCCGGUCCAAAGCGGCAGGAACCCGAAAUUGGCCCAGUCGGCCAAUGUUCAGCUUGAUUGAAAGGGGUUUUCCGGGGCGAAGAGGUAAAAAGGGGCGAAAGGAUCAGGGUUUCCAGCGCGAGAAUGUAACGGGCGAUUGA